AUGAACGCUACACACAUAAAGGAAGUAAAAGAGACAGAUGUGAGUGAUGAGCAGUAUAAGGAGGACAUUCUUACAGGUAACCACCCAGAUUCUUGUAGCAGGAGAUCAGAGGAGAAUCUUAUAUCUUCAGAUUAUAAAGCAGAUGAUGAUAUCACACAAGAUACAUAUGAAGAACAUUCCAUUAUCCCAGAUACACCCUCAGCCCUUCACAGCCAAGAUCUGUCAUCUCAUCCUUAUAUACAGGUCCUGUCUUCUCAGUCAUCACAGAAAGGUCACAGAAGGGGUGUUAUACAUAAAAGAGCUCAAAGAGGAAAGAAGCCAGUUUCAUGUUCAGAAUGUGGGAAAUGUUUUACUUUUAAAUCAGACCUUGGUGUACAUCAAAGAACUCACACAGGAGAGAAGCCAUUUUCAUGUUCAGAAUGUGGAAAAUGUUUUACUGACAAAUCAAGUCUUCUUAGACAUCAAAGAACUCACACAGGGGAGAAGCCAUUUUCAUGUUUAGAAUGUUGGAAAUGUUUUACCCGGAAAUCAGACCUUGUUGUACAUCAAAGAACUCACUCAGGAGAGAAGCUGCUUUCAUGCUCAGAAUGCGGGAAAUGUUUUACUAAGAAAUCACAUCUUGUUCAACAUAAAAGAACUCACACAGGGGAGAAGCCAUUUUCAUGUUCAGAAUGUGAAAAAUGUUUUAUUGACAAAUCAAGUCUUCUUAAACAUCAAAGAACUCACACAAGGGAGAAGCCAUUUUCAUGUUCAGAAUGUGGGAAAUGUUUUCCUGGGAAAACAAAUCUUGUUCAACAUCAAAGAACUCACAGGGCGGAGAGGCUAUUUUCAUGUUCAGAAUGUGAGAAAUGUUUUACUAAUAAAUCAGGUCUUGUUGAACAUCAGAGAACUCACACAGGUGAGAAGCCAUUUCCUUGUUCAGAAUGUGGGAAAUGUUUUACUAAGAAAUCAAAUCUUGUUCAACAUGAAAUAACUCACACAGGGGAGAAGCCAUUUUCAUGUGCAGAGUGUGGGAAAUGUUUUACUCGGAAAACAGACCUUGUUAGACAUCAAAUAACUCACACAGGAGAGAAACCAUUUUCAUGUGCAAAAUGUGGGAAAUGUUUUACUCAGAAAUCAGAUCUUGGUAAACAUAAAAUAACUCACACAGUAGAGAAGCCAUUUUCAUGUGCAGAACGUGGGAAAUGUUUUGCUAUUAAAUCAGGUCUUGUACAUCAAAAAACUCACAUAGGAGAGAAGCCAUUUUCAUGUUCAGAAUGUGGGAAAUGUUUUACUCAGAAAUCAGGUCUUUUUGUACAUCAAAAAACUCACACAGAGGAGAAGCUAUUUUCAUGCCCAGAAUGUGGUAAAUGUUUUACUUUUAAAUCACAUCUUCUUUUACAUCAAAGAAUUCACACAGGGGAGAAGCCAUUUUCAUGUUCACUAUGUGGAAAAUGUUUCACUCAAAAAUCGCAUCUUGUUGGACAUCAAACCACUCACACAGGAGAGAAGCCAUUUUCAUGUUCAGAAUGUGGAAAAUAUUUUACUUCUAAAAUGUGGCUUGUACAGCAUCAGAGAACUCACACGGGGGAAAAACUGUUUUCAUGUUCAGAAUGUGUGAAAUGUUUUACAUCUAAAUCACGGCUUGUUGAACAUCAGAGAACUCACACAGGUGAGAAGCCAUUUCCUUGUUCAGAAUGUGGGAAAUGUUUUACUAAGAAAUCAAAUCUUGUUCAACAUGAAAUAACUCACACAGGGGAGAAGCCAUUUUCAUGUGCAGAGUGUGGGAAAUGUUUUACUCGGAAAACAGACCUUGUUAGACAUCAAAUAACUCACACAGGAGAGAAACCAUUUUCAUGCUCAGAAUGUGGGAAAUGUUUUUCUCAGAAAUCAGAUCUUGUUAAACGUCGAAGAACUCACUCAGGGGAGAAGCCAUUUUCAUGUGCAGAAUGUGCUAAAUGUUUUCCUGAUCAAUCAAGUCUUAUUCAACAUCAAAGAACUCACACAUGGGAGAAGCCAUUUUCAUGUUCAGAAUGUAGAAAAUGUUUUACUCAGCAAUCACAUCUUGUUCAACAUCAAAGAACUCACAAAGGAGAGAAGGCAAUUCAGAGCAAUAAAUGAUGCAGAUAACACAUCUAUAUAUUCACCAUGUACAUAGGA